GUGCGGAAGCAUGCGCACAGCUAAUUGGGAUGCGAGGAAUCAUGUCGUGAGUAAUGGCGGAAAGAAAUGCUCGACUUUUAUAGAUACAAACGAGAGCCACAGAGGCACAUUAGUUAGCAAGAAUUCCAAACAAAGAUCCCAAGAAGAUAUAAGAGUGAGUCACUUCAUCAAGAUUUGAAAAACAUUAUCUGUGGAAAAAGAUUUUCAACAUCAGUGUGACUGGAAAUGGACCAAGGUACAUCCACCCAGUGUUCCGGUGAACUGACUGUGGAGAGAGCUCGAGCCAGUUACACUGUAUCCCUGUCUUCUGUAUGAGUGAAGAGUCAGCUGAUCAUCCAAUAUGGAGAGAUAUAAGGGCACCUGCACCACAGAGAAACCAUGGAAAUGUGCGGACUGUGGGAAGGGAUUUAAAUACCCAUCCCAGCUGGAAACUCAUCGACGCACUCACACUGGGGAGAGGCCAUUCAUCUGCCCCAAGUGUGGGAAAGGAUUCAGUGACUCAUCCAACCUGCUGGCCCACCAUCGAGUUCACACUGGGGAGAGGCCAUUCAUCUGCCCCGAGUGUGGAAAGGGAUUCAGUGAUUCAUCCAACCUGUGCAGUCACCAACGCGUUCACACUGGGGAGAGGCCAUUCAUCUGCCCUAAGUGUGGGAAGGGAUUCACUCAGUCAUCUGCUCUUCUGAAACAUAAACGCACUCACACUGGGGAGAGGCCAUUCAUCUGCCCUGACUGUGGUAAGAGAUUCAGUGCCUCGUCCAAUCUGCUGGCACACCAGCGAGUUCACACUGUGGAGAGGCCAUUCAUCUGUUUCAUUUGUGGGAAAGGAUUCACCCAGUCAUCAUAUUUGCUGAGACACCAGCGAGUUCACACUGCGGAGAGGCCAUUCAUCUGCCCCGAGUGUGGGAAGGGAUUCACUCGGUCAGCCCACCUGUUAAAACACCAGAGAGUUCACGCUGGGGAGAGGCCAUUCAUCUGCUCUGUGUGCGGCAAGGCAUUCUCUCAGUUAUCCCACCUUAAGGUACACCAACUGGUUCACACCGAUGAGAGACCUUUCAAAUGUUCACACUGUGAGAAGAGCUUUAAACAGAGACGUGACAUGCUGACACACCAAUACAUUCACACUGGGGAGAGGCCAUUCCCCUGCUCCGAGUGUGGGAAACUAUUUGUCCAUUCAAACAACCUUCUGAGACACCGGCGAAUACACAGUGGUGAGAAGUUGUUACCUGCUCCCUCUGUGGGAAAGGAUUUUCUCAGUCAUCCCACCUGCUGAGACACCAGCAAGUUCACAACUGCAAGGCAAGUGUCUGGUGCUGUUGUUGUUCUUAAUAAAAUUUUGAUUGAUCCAGCCCCUGGAGGAGUGGUUGAUCGAUGUGACGGAGGACUUGAUGCAUCUGCCUGGAGGACUUGGAAGCAGAUGCAAUGGAAAAGGGAAAUAUGUGGUGCUUGUGAUGUGAGAUGGGGAGGCCAGCAGACGGUUGUGUUGUAUCGCUUUAAACACCAGAGGGACAGAGAGAGAGAGAGAGACAGACAGACACAGCAACACAGACAGACAGAUUCAUCAUGUGUCCCAUUGCAGGCACAACUGGGUACACAUGUGUGCGCACACCCCCACCCUCGCACUCGCACUCGCGCUCUCUCUCUCUCCCACACACACACAUGCGCGUGCAUGCGCACAUACACUCUCACACACAGAUGCACAAUGCCAGAUUCACAGACACAUAUACAGAGACUCCAGGGCAAAGUGUCCCAUGGCAGGCACAUUUGGACACAUACAGACACAAUGUCCAUUGGUAUAUCGUCAGGGUUUAUCUGUUUGAUAAGCUCAAGUUCAUUUGUACAAUGAACUUGUGUUAAUUCAUACAAUAGAUCUGUGUAAUCACCGUUCAUUUGUAAAAUGGAUUGAUUCAUUUGUAGAAUUCUCAACUCAUUAAAAGUAAAUUUGGUGACUUGUUCA